AUGCUUGUGUUCCGUUUGUUCUGUUUCACGGUUUUGCUUCUAGGCGUUCCAUGUGUGUGUAAGGCAACAGAAGAGAAUCAAGUAGUAGAACGGAGUCCUCUUACGCCUCCUCAUCCUGUUCUUUCUCUUCCUGCACCACAACCACCGGUUCCUUCUGCACCUGUCCCUGAGCCUCAUGCAGCUGCAGGCGGUAAUCUUACCAAUGGGGGUGUAAAUGUGCAGGAGCAUUCAACACGAGGUGAGACUGAGCAUCGGGAUUCGGAAGAAGUUCAUUUGGAAGUUGAGCCUUUGAAAGAUGAAGAGAGAAGAGAAGGUAGUGGCGCUUCUCUUACAAGUAAUUUGAAGGCUGAAAAAGAAGCUGCGUUGCAAGGUGUAAAAGGUGAACGCGGUCAGGAAUCUCCAGCACCUGCCGCUCCUCCUCUCGGUAAACCAGCAGUACAGCGUCCUAACGCUGUGGAAGAGCAGGAUCGUGAACAAGGACAUGAUAGUGAAGAGAAGGAUUUGUUACCAGGAGAUAACUCUAAACCUCAGCAGGGAGAAAAACUACAAGAUGCACCAAAUAAGGAACCUCAGGUGCCACGAGAUCCGCAAUCUUCCAGUCAACCCAAUGUGAACCAUGAAGUUCCACAGGCUUCCCAACCUCAACUGCAGGGACCAAUGCCUACAGUCACCCAAGAGAGCCAGGAGAAGGAGCACAAUGCAGAAAGCCACAGUGGAUCAAGUGGAAAUACAUCUACUAAUGAUAUUCCAGCAACAGAAUCCUCUUCCUCAGCAUCUACUGCAGCUCCUGCCACAUCUUCACAAGAAGAUACUGGUGAUAAUAGUGUUACACCCAGUGAGGAGGAAUCAACCACCAACUCAAACACUACCACCACCACCACC